AUGCUAUUUCUUGCACUUCAUGUGACUUUUCAAAUAAAACCAUCAACGCGUGCAGCCCCAAUAGAUUGCACAAAGAACACUGCAGUCUGCUUGGAAGAAAUAAUCAAGAAAAUCACUCAAGUUCGAUAUGAGGCUAACAUUCUCAAGGGGAACAAAAACUUGGCGAGUUCUAAGAACUGUGCUGAGCUGUACAAAUCCGGCCGAAGAGUCAGCGGCGUUUACACAAUCGAUCCAGAUGGUUCAGGUGCAUUUAAUGUAUAUUGUGACCAAACAACAGCCGGUGGGGGGUGGGCAGUGUUUCAGAAGAGAUUAGAUGGUUCCGUUGAUUUUAACCGCACUUGGAAUGACUACAAACAUGGCUUUGGUAACUUGGUCGGUGAAUUUUGGCUUGGCCUGGACAAGAUAAACCGCCUGACGCGAAACAAGACAUAUAACAAGCUUCGAGUAGAUCUGGAAGUAACUACUGGUAAAACUGUUCACGCUGAGUAUGACUGGUUCGGGAUUGGGACCGAGAUGGCAGAGUACCGGCUGUACAUUAGCAAUAUUACAGAUGCGACUGGUUCUUCUGAUCCCCUCGGUCAUCACAGAGAUUUCGUUUUUGGUACCUUGGAUAGAAAUCCUGCCGAUUGCGAUCAAAAAAGAAGCGGAGGCUGGUGGUAUGGUAACAGUACUUGUCCUUUCUUGUCAAAUCUCAACGGUAUUUAUCCGCGUUGUGGAAAUGAGAUCGGGCCCAAGAUCCACUGGGGAAAUUUAGUUCGAAAGAGCGCCAAGGAUAGCGCUCCCGCAUCAACUGAAAUGAAAAUUAGACCAGUGGACUUUUUCUAAAACUUUCAGACGAAUAAGUGAACGCCCCAUAAACGAAUAAUGAUUCUCGCGGGUUCUAAUUGGACGCCUCCGGAGAUGAUAAGUUAUGUAAGAUUCGCCUUUACCAUGCUUUUACUAUGAUUGUGAUUUGUUGAUUAGAUAACGUGGCCUUCAUUUUAUUGAGUUUGAAUGAAUUCCGCCGGGGAAACACCAUCGUUAACUGCUUCCCUCGCAUCCUGACAU